GCGUGGCUUCGACCGCUGGGUGCAUGGACUACAUUGGAGGACGCGGCUGAGGUGGGCGGGGGUCAUGGCCUCCUCCAUGGUCCGAGCCACGGUCCGGGCUGUGAGCAAGCGGAAGAUCCAGGCCACCCGAGCAGCCCUCACGCUGACUCCAUCUGCAGUGAAUAAGAUAAAACAAUUGCUAAAAGACAAACCUGACCACGUAGGAGUGAAAGUCGGUGUGCGCACAAGAGGUUGUAAUGGCCUGUCCUAUACACUAGAAUAUACAAAAUCAAAAGGGGAUUCUGACGAAGAAGUAGUACAAGAUGGUGUCAGAGUGUUUAUUGAAAAAAAAGCCCAACUUACACUUUUAGGAACUGAAAUGGACUACAUAGAAGACAAACUGUCCAGUGAAUUUGUUUUCAAUAACCCAAACAUCAAAGGAACCUGCGGCUGUGGAGAAAGCUUCAAUAUUUAAAUGGCCAGGACUAAUUCCAUGACUUUUAGCAAUGUAAAAGCAGCCAGUUUUCGUGUGUUUUUCAAGUAUAUAGACUUUGUAAGAUAGUGGGCUUGACACAAAAUAAAACUGCUGCAUUUUGAAAA